GUUUUUUCUCUCCCCUGCAGAAACUCAUCAAAGAAUGGCAGCAGAAAACCAUUCUUUUGUGACUAAGUUUAUUCUGGUUGGGCUAACAGAGAAGUCAGAGCUCCAGCUGCCCCUCUUCCUCCUGUUCUUAGGAAUCUAUGUGGUCACAGUGGUGGGCAACCUGGGCAUGACCACACUGAUUGGGCUCAGUUCUCACCUGCACAUCCCUAUGUACUAUUUCCUCAGCAGUCUGUCCUUCAUUGACUUCUGCCAUUCCACUGUCAUUACCCCUAAGAUGCUGGUGAACUUUGUGACAGAGAAGAACAUCAUCUCCUACCCUGAAUGCAUGACUCAGCUCUACUUCUUCCUCGUUUUUGCUAUUGCAGAGUGUCACAUGUUGGCUGCAAUGGCAUAUGACCGCUACGUGGCCAUCUGUAGCCCCUUGCUGUACAGCAUCAUCAUAUCCAAUAAGGCUUGCUUUUCUCUGAUUUUAGGGGUGUAUGUAAUAGGCCUGAUUUGUGCGUCAGCUCAUAUAGGCUGUAUGUUUAGGGUUCAAUUCUGCAAAUUUGAUGUGAUCAACCAUUAUUUCUGUGAUCUUAUUUCUAUCUUGAAGCUCUCCUGUUCUAGUACUUACAUUAAUGAGUUACUGAUUUUAAUCUUUAGUGGAAUUAACAUCCUUGUCCCCAGCCUGACCAUCCUCAGCUCUUACAUCUUCAUCAUUGCCAGCAUCCUCCGCAUUCGCUACACUGAGGGCAGGUCCAAAGCCUUCAGCACUUGCAGCUCCCACAUCUUGGCUGUUUCUGUUUUCUUUGGGUCUGCAGCAUUCUUGUACCUGCAGCCAUCAUCUGUCAGCUCCAUGGACCAGGGGAAAGUGUCCUCUGUGUUUUAUACUAUUGUUGUGCCCAUGCUGAACCCCCUGAUCUACAGCCUGAGGAAUAAAGAUGUCCACGUUGCCCUGAAGAAAACGCUAGGGAAAAGAACAUUCUUAUGAACAGAAGUACAAUGAAAAAGAUUGCAUUAGAUCUAAGUUUUUGGCUAUUAUAUUGUAUGAAAUGAUGUCUUUCACUUUAGUGCAUCUGUCAACAUUCUUUCUAAUUUGGGGGGAUUUUACUGACGUUAUGUUUUACGCACAUGGUCUAUUUCAUGCCAUUUCCCUCUCAUUUUUUCUCUCAUAAGGAUUACGAAGACAUGAUAUUUUCUUAGAAGAAAUAAUAAGGUUGACAUAGUGAAAUAGUGGCAUAACCCGAUAAUGCCAAUUCCAUUCCCUUCCCCCUUUUCUUUCAUGUAAUUGAUUAAAACAUACUCCUCAACAUAAUAAAAACACUAUCUUCUGGUGAUAAAAUACUAU